AUGUUUAACGAAAUGAAUAACUUAUUUAACGAAAGCCAAUCAAUGAGUGGUGCUACUGAAAAUGAUCAUUAUCAUUUGAAUUCGCCAGAAUCUGAAAGUGAAGUUGAUGCCGAUGUUUUUGAUGGCAAAAGGAAUACUACUGCGAUUGUUGAUGAAGCCACAAGUCACCAGCAACAGCAUAAAUCUUCAACAAGAAGGGAAUCGUUUGUGCCACAGAGCUUGUUCUCUAAUCCAAUAUCAUAUCCUUUGUCUCAACCUCAGUUAACAGAUUCCAGUGAGCAGACACUUACUGUGGGUUCUUUAUCAUUUGCAGUAGAAACCCCUGAGUUCCCAAUUAACUAUGAGAUGCCCAAAAGUAGCAAAAAUUGGAACGGGGACAUCACAGAUUUCAGUGGAUGGGAAGAAUUCAAACAAGAAAUGUUUGAAAUGACUUUUGCAGAUAUGCUAUCUUCUAUGUCGACUCCUGAAAGGCAGCAUUCAGUCGGUAGUGGGAGUUCGGGUGAUGCAAAUGAAGCAAGACAGGAAUUGGUUAAUGAAAGCUUGAACGAAUCCUUACUGAAAACAUUUGCUUUUAAAACUAAUCAUCAUUUUGAUCAAUCUGAAUCCCUGGGGCUGAAUUCGCAGUCUAAAAGUCUGACAAUCAGACUGUUUCUGAUUUCGCAGCCAACUGAGUUUGUUCAAGGAUUGCCAAAUGAUUUAGACUCCCCCGGUAACAGCGGAGGAUCCUAUAUGUUGAGACAAAGAUCUACAUCUUUGUUGAGCCUAUAUUCUCAAUAUGCAGAUGAUAAUCUGGGAACUGAUUUCCAAACAACAGAGGUAGUAUCGGAUGGUAGCAUAAAAGCAGUUGACCAUAUUAUCCAAUCGUUUGAAGACAAUCAUAAUAUUAGAAAUGGCAGUAACAAUUUCAAACCGCCAAAUACACAGCCAAAUGGCCAAAUGAUGCAGUUAUCAGGGAAAACGGUACCGAUAUCAGUACCUCAUAACUCAUUGGUGGGACAGGAUUUCCCUACUUUCAAAGGACUUGUCCGUUCGCCUAAAGCUUCCAAGGCUCCACGCAAUGAUAAGCUUCUUAAAGGAAUGUACCACAAUAAUAAGAACUUGCCGUUUCUCAAACUAAGACAAACGGAUGUUAGCUGUAUUGGUGUUAAACUUGACUAUGGUACUUAUGUUGGGGAUUCCAUAAGUCUGUUAAACAUUCAGCCUAAACAUUUGUGCAAUACUUACGUCAAUCUAGAAACUGAAACGGCCAACAACGACAUAUGUCAAGAGGUACUUGAUGAAAAAAACCCCAAAUUUAACAACUUAUAUCCAGUUUACUAUCGCCAGAAAAAUACAAGAGACUUGCAUCUGUUAUUGGGUUCCAUUGAUAAUAUUAUCUAUUAUCGAAGCCUGUCUUUUGGUAUUGAUCAACCUUAUGAGCCGGAAUAUUACCGAAUUGAGACGGACGAAGACGGGAAUCAAAUAAGUGAGACUUUAAGUGGAUGUUGUGCUUAUUGUAAAACAGUAAAGUUUUUACCAUUUAAAAACUCCUCUUAUCUCUCUCAUAUGGCGUUAGAACAUGGGAUUUAUUCCAGUGGGUACUUCACACCAAACUGGCGAAACUUAGGACGGUAUACGCGUCUGGAGACUAGCACAGGUGUUGUAACUCUUAUUGAAGCAGUCCAGUGUGCAGAUUGUUCUCAACUUAUAGAUACCUCCGGAUGGUCUUCUAAAAAGAAUAAGAUGUUAGGUUACUUCAGACACUUUAAACUCAAACAUAAUUCUCUUACAAUUGAUAAAAACUGUGCAUACCAAUAUCCACCUAUAAAACUGAGAGGGAGAACGUCUUACCUUGGGUCCAAUGGGAGUUGA